UCUAAUCUACAGUACGCCCGAGCGUACGCGAUCAGUACUUGUCCUUUACUUAACGUCACCAAAUCCAUUCAUUCGAUUGACUUUUUGCCGGCCAAUCAAAAAUAGUUUGGUGCCCCAUGAACACUGGAUCAGAAGUAGUUGAGUUCCUUGGGAAAGUGGCCUUAUUGCAGGGAUUAAAUACUUCUUCUCUCAAUAGAAUCGCCCAGGUCCUUGUUCUCAAGCGUUACGAGAGAGGGGAUUAUGUGGUGCGUAGAGAUGAGGAGGUGGAGGGUGUUUAUUUUCUCCUUCAAGGACAGGCUCAGGUUGUGGGAUCAGCAGGAGAUCACGAAGACGACUCCUCGGAGUUCCUCUUGAAACCAUUUGAUUUCUUCGGCCGUGGUAUUUUUGGGAAUGUUUACUCUGCAGAUGUUGUUGCUCUCUCACCACAGCUUACAUGCUUGCUGCUCAUGUCUCACCAUUCUUCUUUGCUUGACACCAACCCCAUCUCUGAUUCAGAUAAGGAACAACCCUGUCUUGUAGAACGCAUUUUGUCUCUCGAUCCUUUAGAUCUGACUCUUUUUCGAGGUUUCACUAUACCCAAUGCUCCAACCUUUGGAAAGGUUUUUGGAGGUCAAUUAGUUGGUCAGGCACUUGCCGCAGCAACAAAAACUGUUGAUUUUGCCAAGAUUGUUCAUAAUUUACACUCCUACUUCCUCCUCGUUGGAGAUAUAAAUAUUCCCAUCCUAUACCAAGUUCACCACUUACGUGAUGGCAACAGCUUUUCCACCCGAAGAGUAGAUGCUAGACAGAAAGGCAAAACCAUUUUCAUCUUGUUUCCUUCCUUUCAGAGAGAUCAACAAGGUUUCGAUCACCAAGAGUCGAACAUGCCUCAUUUGUCACCUCCUGAAACGCUUGUAACAAGGGAGGAGAUGAUUCAACGGCGUAUAACUGAUCCUCUGCUACCUCGGGAUUACCGAAACAAAAUUGCAACUGAAAAAAUUCUGACAUGGCCUAUAGACAUUCGAUUCUGUGAGCCAAGUUAUUAUACAGAACAUACCAAGUCUCCUCCAAGAUUGAACUAUUGGUUUAGAGCAAGGGGAAAACUUUCGGAUGACCAAGCUUUACACCGAUGUGUGGUUGCGUUUGCUUCAGAUCUGAUAUUCGCAUGUAUCGGUUUAAACCCUCACCGCAGGAAGGGCAUGAGUACAGCUGCUCUUAGCCUCGACCACUCGUUGUGGUUCCACCGACCUAUAAGAGCUGAUGACUGGCUGCUCUUUGUGAUGGUGACUCCCACAUCAUUCCAGAGUCGCGGUCUGACCACUGGAGAAAUGUUCAACAGAAAAGGAGAGCUGGUGGUAUCAUUGACGCAAGAAGCUCUGCUAAAAGAAGCUGUGAAUAUUAAGCCCAUCUUCGGCGCCAAGCUCUAAGUGACAGACCAUAGAAUUUAUGCGACAAGAGUUUUUGCAUCUGUUACAUUACACCUCGCAGUCACACUCUGAUGCUUAAAUCAUGAAUCUAUUAUAUUAAAAUAGAGUCUACUGUUUGACAAAUUGCUAUUUAAUUAUUUUUUAUAACAUAUUUGAUUAUUUACAUUAAUCAAGUACAUCACACA